UGGACACCAGUGGUUGUCGGUGUCACCUCCGGCGUUGGUCUGUCGCUCCGCCACACCGCCAGGCAAAACGUGUUUCCUGCCGCCGGGUCAAGUGUCCUCACGUGAGUGGCGAGGGUUUUGUGCGACGCCCAGUGACCAAUAGCACGACUCCAAAGUGUGCAUGUGAGCGUGACGCCGCGGCUGUGGCGUGACCGAGGGCUCCGGGUGGCGGCGCAGCAGGCGGGGGAUGGUGAGUGCCUGGCGACGCUCGUGAUGGUGCAGCGCGGGGAAGACGCCAUGCAGGGACAGAUGGUAACCGUCAAGUGCGAGUACUCGCCGCCGCCCUACACCCUGCCGCUGCAGGAGUUCACGGACAGUCAUGAUUCUAUGCGGCGCGCGCCCCCCGCCUUCACCUCCCUCAUGGAGGACCUCAGUCCGCGUAGCUCGUGUGGUGGCCACGAGUCGCAGACCACGUCAGGGGAGGACGAGCCUCGCGGGCGUAAGCGGCGCCUCGACGAAGACUCGGAGGAAGGAAGGCUGGCUAAGGCAAGAAAAAAGUCUCCGCAGAGCUCUGAGGAGCUGCAGCAGGCGCGGGUGCUGGCCAACGUGCGGGAGCGGCAACGGACGCAGAGUCUCAACGAGGCGUUCACGUCGCUACGCAAGAUCAUCCCCACGCUGCCCUCCGAUAAGCUGUCCAAGAUCCAGACCCUCAAGCUGGCCAUCCGCUACAUUGACUUCCUGUACCAGGUGCUGGACACCGACGCGCACGACCAGCGGCUCUCCUCCUCCUGCACCUACGUGGCCCACGAGCGGCUCAGCUACGCCUUCAACGUGUGGCGCAUGGAGGGCGCCUGGGGCGGCCACCUAUAAUACAGAUGGAGGCCGGCGGAGGGACCAGAAAAGAAGAAGUAGGAGGAGAAAGAAGAGGAGGAGGAAGGAAAGACGCAGCGGUACUCCUAGAGAGGCGAAGGACGUGAUAGAGACAAGUCACUCCUAGGACUUCAUACAAUAAGUUACCUGAAUACUCUAUAGUGUUAUAACGCACCAGGUGAGCGAGGACAUCCCAGGGUUCAUGUGUACCCCUUCUCCUUCCACCCGGCGCCCCGAUGUACACCCGAGUGCCGCUCUGUAGAGGGGUGGAAGUGUCCUUGUGUUCCUCGCGGUAGUGCAAAAGUGUGCCUCCAACUUCGGCUGUUACAUAGUGAUUAGAACUGACGCUGAGGCUCUGUGUGAGUGUGUGUGUGUGUGUGUGUGUGUGUGUGUGUGUGUGUUGCUCCCUCGCUCCCGUGCACUGUAGCUGUUCUUUCUACGACUUCCCACUUCAGUCAUCCACUCCUCCACUUCUGAUGACAAACACCACACGACAAGUCAAUCAGUCAAUUAAUCAGUCAGCCAGUCAGUCAUACAGUUCUCCAGUCAGACAGUAAGAUCCACUCAACCAGUCAGUCAACCAGUUCUUCAGUCAACCAAAGUCAGUCAUCCAGCAAGCCAUCCAGUCAGCCAACCAGUCAUCCAACCAGUUCCAGUCAACUAAACAGUCAUCCAGCAAAGCCAUCCAGUCAGUCAGCCGGUCAACCAGUCACCCAAUUAUCUUCUUCCACCAAUAUCCACCUGUCUCUUGAGUCCUUGUACCCAUCCACGCAUCCAGUCAUCCACCAAACCUCCACUUCGCCACCUGGUCACCCACACCUGCUGCCCGUCACCUGAACGCCUCUAAUUAAGGGUUCACUGCGGCUGUCUGAACACACACACACACACACACACACACACACACACACACACACACACACGAGAGGACGCCUGACGAAGAUCCCAAACUAUAAAAACCUACACUAAGAAGGAUUUCAGGGACUAUCCUACCAUCCUCACUCGCUUCCUUCACUCUGCUUGCCUUUACUGGUUGUUGGUUCAAGGAAUUGUGUUGGAGUGGUGUGAGAGAGAGAGAGAGAGAGAGAGAGAGAGAGAGAGAGUGU